CUAAAAUGUGCUGAGGAAACUCCACACUGUCGUACUAGCCAAUAGCAGCCGUACCGACAUGUCUGACUUGGAGAAGAACUGCAGCAUAUUUUCAGAACUGGGCAUGUGGGUUGCACUCAAAUAUAAAGGCAAACUAUCCGGGGACAGUCGCAGUGCAGUUGCUACCCGAUCGAGUAUAAAGAGGUCUUUGUCUUAGAUGAUAUUGUAAUCUAUUUUCAUUUCUUUUCGACACCAUUAAAACACAACAUUUUAUCCAGGCUGGAGCAGCUCCAGCCUGGAAAGGUUUUUCAUUUUUUUCCCCACACAACCGCGUGGACUGGACCCUCAGAGCACCCCCGCCGGCCAGCCCCAUGCCAGUAUAUGUCUCCUCUGGCCGUGGAAGACGCACACACCCGCUCGGCCUUGGAUGGUCACUCCUUAGUGGGACUGAGUAGGCCAGUGGUUGAGUCUCCUCCGGUGAUGUUGGUGCUCGGAAACCAUACAAUUGUGGAUUAUAAAGUAUGUUUUUCUUUUUUCAUGUUCAAUGUACUUUCAUUAAUGUGGGAGGGGGAAAAUUCUUAUGUCUCAAUCUGACAGACAUUUGACCACAGAUGUGCUUCACCAAUGGAAGCGAAAAUAAGAGAAUGACACAACUACAUUAUUGUAUGGCUCCCACACUUUCCGCCAGUGGGUCAGUGGGUGAGUGAAGAGUGGAGGGGAGUGGAGACAAGAGGUGAAGCUGUGGCCUCACGCUGCCAUCCAGGGGGGAGAGUGUGGGCAGCACGGGAAGAGACAAUGAGGAAGACAAGGACUUCCAAGGCCAAGUGGGUCGAGCCCUGCGGUAUGCCUCGCCAAAAAUGGACACGAUGACGCUCAACAGUUCGGCCUAUUGAUUUGUUAGCUGCUAUUUAUACAACAGAAGAGGCAGAGGAAAACUUGAUAUCAUCAGAACAUGUCACUUGCCCCCGCAGUUUCUUUGAUUGCGCAAUCACCUGGGCAGACGCAAACAUGGAUUGGACCAUAUUUGGUAACAACAUUGGAUCUACUGCCUGAUGACUGCAUUCAUUCACCAAUUUUAGGUCUUCUUUUGUGUGUGUGUGGGGGGGUGGGCACACUCUACCCAAAAUUAUUCGGAUAUUUGCAAUUUAAGUUAUACAGAAAUAACACAGAAAAGUGACAAAAGUCGGAAGACAUCCGAUAUUAUUAUUAUUAUAAUAAUAUCCAUCCACCCAUCUAUCCAUUUUCUUAGCUGCUUAGCUCUUAGCUGCAAGUUCAGUUUAGUGCUAGCACAAGCACGACUAUCAUAUGCCGUUCUAACUUGCUCGGUUGUGUAAAUAUUUGAAUUUUGCGACAUAAACAUUAAAACUUCUUUGCGGCAGAUUACUCGAUUGGACAACAGAGUUAUACAGUAUAAUGAUCCAAUCGUGUUAGUGGUUAAUCGAGUUUCACCAUUGCCAUGUACAUGUGUUCUCGGUUCUCAGACAUCGCAGUGUAACUUGUUGGUUAGCCAAGUAAUGGUGCGUGGGACUUAGAUAGCGCGAAGUGAGUGAGUGUGUUCAAAGUUUUACAAUGGAAAAAGUGUUAGAAAAAAAAAAGGAUGAAGAUCAAGGGAGGACAAUUGACAAGGAUGCUGGAAUCAAAAACUGUUUCAGACGAGCAUGGCUUGAAAAAAGUGUAACCGUGCAGAUAGGACCGAAAACGGUAUCAACGUAUCUAACCGAACACAUACAAAAAGUUGACAUUCCCAGCAAAGUGCUGUGCACUCUGUGUUCCGAUAGGAGCAAAAAAUAUCCAGGGGUGUCCAAUGAUUGUUGCAUAUUUUUGGGACGUGUGAGGGAACAGGAGUACCCAGAGAAAACCCACACGGGCACGGGGAGAACAUGCAAACUCCACACAGGCGGGCCUGGGAUCAAACCCUUGACCUCAGAAUCGUGAGGCCAAUAUUUUACAGGUGAUCUACCAUGCCGCCCAUUAUAAUAAUAAUAAUUACUAUUAUUUUUUUGUUAUUAUUAGCCGUAGUACGUCUUUUUCUUUUGGCUUGUCCCGUUAGCGCAUCUUCCUCUCUAACAUCCACUGUCCUCUCUCACAGCAGCCAUCAACUUUUUCUUUGGUCUUCCUCUCACUCUUUUGCCUGGCAGCUCCAUCCUCAGCACCCUUCUACCAAUAUACUCAAUCUCUCCCCUCUGAACAUGUCCAAACCAUCUAAGUCUGCUCUCUCUAACCUUGUCUCCAAAACAUCUAACUUUGUCUGUCUCUUUAAUGAGCUCAUUUUUAAUCCUAUCCAACUUGCUCAGUCAUAGAGAAAACCUCAACAUCUUAAUUUCUGUCGCCUCCAGUCCUGCUUGUUGUUGUCUCUUCAGUGCCACCGUCUCUAAUACGUACAUCAUGGCCGGCCUCACCACUCUUUUAUAAACUUUGCCCUUCAUCCUAGCAGAGACUCUUCUGUCACAUAACACACCAGACACCUUCUACCAGCUGUUCCAACCUGCUUGGACCCAUUUCUUCACUUCCUUACCACACUCAAGAUUGCUCUGGAUUGUUGACCCUAAGUAUUUGAAGUCAUCAACCCUUGCUAUCUCUUCUCCCUGGAGCCUCUCUCUUCCCCCUCCACCCAUCUCCUUCACACACAUAUAUUCUGUUUUAUUUCGGCUAAUCUUCAUUCCUCUCCUUUCCAGUGCAUGCCUCCAUCUUUCUAAUUGUUCCUAUGGCUGCUCCCUGCUUUCACUGCAGAUCACAAUAUCAUCUGCGAACAUCAUGGUCCAAGGGGAUUCCAGUCUAACCUCAUCUGUCAGCCCAUCCAUUACUACCGCAAACUGGAAGGGGCUCAGAGUGGAUCCCUGAUGCAGUCCCACCCCCACCUUAAGUUAUUUUCAUUAUUAUUAUUAUUAUUAGUAGUAGUAGUAGUAGUAGUAUCAGUAGUAGUAGUAGUAGUAGUAGUAGAACUAGUACUAUGCAAGUUAAAAUAAUUUAGAAUGGUGGUAUGAAUAAUAGUAAAAAUGUAAUUAUAAAAACAGCAUUUUGUUAAUACCCCCAUCACGUUUUCCAGGAUUUUCCCUCAUCUGUUCAACUGCCAUUUCCACCCAGAAGAUGGCAAAACUCCACCUCUCACCCAAAAUUUGGCCAUGGUGUAAAGAAUUUCAAUUACAUUUUUGUGUGUAUAUGUCAUGAUCCUGCCGCUCCAGCACGAGCUGUGCGGGUGCCUGCGCGGGUGCGCUGAUUGGGAGGUGCACACCUGCGCCUCAUGCAACCUGAUUAUGCUGUGGAUUUAUACUACCGCGAUGACAACUGGCCGGGGCCAGUUCGUUGAUCUUCAUGUCCUGUUCGUGUGCUCCGGUAUCCCUGAUCGAACCUAUGUGUACUGACCUUCGCCUGUUCUCCGACCGACCCCGUAAGCCUGACUCCUUUGAAACUUCUGCCUGCCGUGAUCGAUCUCCCGUGUACCAACUCCUGCCUGCCCGCUCACCUGCUCUCUUCGCCCGACGUCCCAACUACCGCUGCUGCACAUGACUGCCUGCUCGAUCUCCUUCCUCUGCAUAUAAUAAACGUUUCUCCUUGAACUACCUUGCAUCUUCCGAGUCCUGCAUUUGGGUCCUACUCUCGUUCUGAUGGGACGUGAUAGAAAGAACUGGCCACAACAGGACCCAGCAGGAAAGACCCGGCGUCGCCGGGACCGAUGCAAGGUAGACCGUCUGCCGGAGGAUCAAGCCUGUCCAAUCCGGGUAGGGUCCCUCCGCUUCCGUGUCUUGCGCUCCGCCAGCUAGGUAUGAAUACGUCCCGAACACGACCCGUCGGGCUCCUCAUAUUCUUCUGGACUCUGACUUUUCGGAAUAUGAGGAGGACGCUCCCCGUUCCUGCUCUGUCGGCGACGGGCACACCCAUACGUUCCCGUCCAAGAGGUGGCGAUGGUGACACUGAUGCUGCCUUCUCACGUUCCUGUCCAGGAGGUGGCGACAGUUCCCCAGCCGCCUCACGAUGGUGUCGCCGCCUUCUCACGUUGCUGUCCAGGAGGUGGCGAUGGCGAUGGUGUCACCCCCUUCUCACAUUGCUGUCCAGGAGGUGGCGAUGGUGGCGCCGCCUUCUCACGUUGCUGUCCAGGAGGUGGCGAUGGUGGGGCCGCCUUCUCACGUUGCUGUCCAGGAGGUGGCGAUGGUGGCGCCGCCUUCUCACGUUGCUGUCAAGGAGGUGGCGAUGGUGGCGCCCCUUUCUCACGUUGCUGUCCAGGAGGUGGUGAUUGUGUCGCCGGCUUCUCACAUUGCUGUCCAGGAGGAGGCGAUGGUGUCGCCGCCUUCUCACGGUGAUGUCCAGGAGGAGCUGGGGAGUUCUGUGGAGCCACCCUGGAGCUGGAGAGACUUCGGGAUGGCUGUGAUGGUGGCUGUCAUGGCUCUGGUCCUUCUCUCCAUCAUCCUAUUCGCUCCAGAUGGCUCCCAGCCGCUUCAUGACCUGGCCUCAUUGGUGACCAAUCCACGGCUGCCUACUGACCAAGCCUCGGUGGCGACCAAUUCCUGGUCGUCUUGCAAUAACGGCGUGGGAGGUUCUCGUCCGGAGCAGUGGCCUUCGCCAUUUGGUUCCUCACAGAGGUCGUCUGCCCGAAUUGCCCCUUGGGGACCCUGGUGCUUGGCGUCCGGGUUGUCCUCCUGACCAGUCCACCCGGACGCCUUGUGUUUGGUGACCUGGAUGGCCA